GCUACAGACAGUAUCCAUAUCGUACACAGAAAAUGUGUAUCUGGGGGAAAACCUUUUCAGGACUAUGAUCUUUUAUACCUGCUUUAUGUUUGUGCAACCAUUUACUCAUGAAGCAAACACCAUGAACCAGUGUUCAUGGGUUUUACUGUCAGCUUUAAAGUUAUUUAAUGUUUUGCUUCUUUUGAAUUUACUGGAUCUCUGGAAUGUGAACAGGAAGUAAGUACAGUAGCUAUCAACACAUCAGAAUUAUUAAAGAAGGCAUAAUUGUUGAAGAAAACAGACAUACUUUUUGAGAAGAUUUAUUCAAGUAAAAGGUCAGAGGCAUGGCAGAACGGCACAUAAGUAAAAGAAAACCUCCUCCUGCUCCUCAAGAUGAUGGGAGGUUUCUUUCGAAAUUACGUACCGCCAAGGUAGUUCUUCUAGGAAGCUCUGGAGUUGGCAAAUCGAGCAUCGCAUUACGAUAUAUUAAAGAUGAAUUUAAAAGUGAGGUGCCUACAGUGGGCUGUGCAUACCUGACGCAAGUUGUUUGCAUGAAUAGUACAAGACUAAAACUGGAGCUCUGGGACACUGCAGGCCAGGAAAUAUAUCACAGUGUCACACCUUUGUAUUAUAGAGGGGCCUGUGCUGCACUGAUAGUGUAUGACAUCACAAGAAUGGAGACCUUUAUGCGAGCACAGCUGUGGUUGAAGGAACUCAGAAAUGCAGACCAUGAAAAUAAAGCAGUGAUUGCUUUAGUUGGUAAUAAAACAGACUUGGCAUUUAAUCGUCAGGUUUCCAAAGAGGCUGGCCAAAUAUUUGCUCAAAAGAAUGGAUUAAUUUUCAUGGAAACAUCAGCAAAAUCUGGAUAUCAUGUGGAGGAUAUUUUUUUAUGUGUAGCCCAGAAGAUACUAAGUCUGGACAUGUACCGCAAUGACCAGCAGAUGAUGAAUGCAUCCACUGUGGCACUACAAGACAUCAGUGACCAUCCUCCGAGCAAGGCCUGCUGCAGUAGCUAGAAUGUAACAGGGUGGUCUUGAGUUUGCUACAGAUACUCUGUUGCAAUGUAGUACCUUAGAAUAAUUCCGUUCUACUCAAUGAUACAGGCUAUCCAUGCUUUAUCCUUAAUUUUAAAUUUGUUAUGGUCAUCCCAAAUGGGUCCAUCCUGA